CUAUAUAUAUAUAAGAAGAUUCUGCUUUGAUACUAUAGCGCGGAGAAGAAUAGUAGAGUCUAGAGAGAGAGAGAGAGAGAGAGAGAGAGAGAGAUGGAGGUGGCAAAGGUGAUGAGAAAUUCAUCAGAUCAGAAGGUUAAGGAUGAUGAUGAGGAAAUGAUGCUUCCAGGGUUUAGAUUUCAUCCAACUGAUGAGGAACUUGUUGGGUUUUAUUUAAAGAAGAAGGUGGAGAAGAAACCCAUUAGCAUGGAGCUUAUCAAACAGAUUGACAUCUACAAAUAUGAUCCUUGGGAUCUUCCAAAAGUAAGCACUGUGGGGGAGAAAGAGUGCUACUUCUUUUGCAGAAGAGGGAGAAAAUACAGGAACAGCAUAAGGCCUAACAGAGUGACGGGUUCCGGAUUUUGGAAAGCCACUGGCAUUGACAAGCCCAUAUAUUCAGUGAAAGAGCCCCUCGAGUGCAUUGGCCUCAAGAAAUCAUUAGUCUACUACCGUGGGAGUGCUGGCAAAGGCACCAAAACUGAUUGGAUGAUGAAUGAGUUUCGCCUUCCACCUCACGGCCAUGGCAAAACUACCAACUUCCUCAAUGCUAAGGACAUUACACAAGAAGCUGAAGUUUGGACACUCUGCAGAAUUUUCAAACGAAUCCCAUCUUACAAAAAGUACACACCAGAUAAUUGGAAAGAAGGCAACACGAAACAAAACCCUACUGAUUCAAGUUCUAAAACAUGCAGUUUCGAAUCUGAGAACUACUGCGGCGAGCCACACGUGAGCCCUCAAGACUCGGUCGUCAUGCAACGCAUUGAAAGAUCAUCAUCAAAACCAGUUCGUGUGGACGAACAAGUUGAUGAAACAAAUCAGUGGUUUACAUUUGUAGGGGAGACUCCAUAUGCAACAUCUUAUUCAAGCUUGAGGGAUAUUCCAACCGACAACGAUUUCUUUAUAAAUGGAAACUGGGAUGAGCUGAGACCAGUGGUGCAGCUGGCUGCUGAUCCAUCUUCCCGAGUUUAUGACUGUAUAGAUUGGUUUAGGCAUAUUUGGAGGGUGGUGUGCACCUCAAACCUUUAUUUUUGUUUUUUUUCCUUUUCUGUGAGCCUUCUUUUUUCUGUCUCAUGGUAGGUAAAUACUGUAAUAAAAUUGUAGCGACUCAUAUAUAUAAAUAAGAAUGUG